GCGGUAGCCGGGCAGGAGUUGGCUUGGGGUGAGUGCGCAAAUGAGGGCUGUACUCGGGACUGCGAGUGAGCCUGGAAAGGCCCUGGGACCUGGGGUUCCUGCUUUCUAACCAGACCUGAUCCUGUGUGUGGACUUCCAGGAGGGGCGGGGACCGGAGGCGGCUUACCUGCCCUGGGUGGAGAGUUGCUGCAGAGAGGCCCGUCCGGUCUUCCAAGACCUUCAGACUACCCCUUGGCCUCUGGACCUCAGUGAAAGCGCUUAGGAAAACCAAGGGCACGAAUUAGAGUUGAUACCUGUGGAGAAUCUACUAAGUUGUACCCUGAAAAGACAGAAUGGAGAUAUCAAUGCCCCCACCUCAGAUAUAUGUAGAAAAAACUCUGGCUAUUAUCAAACCGGAUAUUGUGGACAAAGAGGAGGAGAUACAAGAUAUCAUUCUCAGAUCUGGAUUCACUAUUGUUCAGAGAAGAAAACUGCAUCUCAGCCCUGAGCACUGUAGUAACUUUUAUGUGGAACAGUAUGGGAAGAUGUUUUUCCCCAAUUUAACAGCUUACAUGAGUUCUGGACCACUUGUUGUCAUGAUAUUAGCUAGACAUAAAGCCAUCUCUUACUGGAAAGAACUUUUGGGACCAAGUAAUACCUUAGUAGCUAAAGAGACUCACCCAGACAGUCUAAGGGCAAUUUAUGGCACAGAUGACCUAAGGAAUGCACUUCAUGGGAGCAAUGAUUUUGCUGCAGCAGAAAGAGAAAUUCGAUUCAUGUUUCCUGAAGUGAUUAUUGAACCCAUUCCAGUUGGACAAGCUGCUAAGGAUUAUUUAAAUUUAUAUGUAACACCAACUCUGCUUGAAGGACUCACAGCACUUUGUAAGGAGAAACCAGCAGAUCCUUUUAUUUGGCUAGCUGAUUGGCUACUGAAAAAUAAUCCCAACAAGCCCAAGCUGUGUCACAAUCUGUCUGCAGAAGAACCUUGAAGUUCCUCAAAGAACGAAUCACUAUCUUACUGUGAAAGACAUGCUUCUACUUUAAAACAAACCUUCCUAAGGGGUUUAAAUAA